UUGUCUCGACUCGCCCCACCAGGAACCCAUCGGAACAUAUCUGUGUUCUAUAACAAAAUCCAAUACUUAUUUACUACCUACUCGGUUUCACUCAGUUUCAUGCUCAACCUAAACCAUUUCAUCAUGCGUUUUCUCUUCCUUCUUCUCGUUCUGCCCUUCUUUGUCAGCCUCGCUUCCUCACGGACACUCCUUGAAGGUCUCGUGAUUGAUUGUGGUGCGACAUCGCCGUCCAACAUCGGCGGUUUUUUAUGGCUGCCGGACGGGGAGUUUAUAUCAACCGGAACGCCCAAGAACGUGACCACCUCUCUUCGGGAUCCCAUUUUGUCCUCCGUUCGAUCCUUCCCUCUUCGAGUCAAGAAACAUUGCUACAAUUUUCUCGUGUUUCCCGGAAAACGAUACAUGGUGCGGACGACGUAUUUCUAUGGAGGGGUAAACGGCCCGAAGCAUCCUUCCCCACCGGUGUUUGAUCAGAUCGUGGAUGGGACUUUAUGGAGCGUGGUUAACACCACGAAGGACUAUGCAAAUGGGAAUUUCACCUUCUACGAAGGGGUUUUCUCAGCUCAGGGUAAAACUAUGAUUGUAUGCAUCGGGUCAAAUACUCACACGGAUUCCGACCCCUUUAUAUCGGCUUUAGAGCUUGUGAUUUUGAGUGAUUCACUUUACAAUGCCACCGAUUUUAACAACUUUGGGCUCAAUUUGGUUGCAAGGCACAGUUUUGGCUACUCUGGACCUACCAUUCGAUACCCUGAUGAUAAAUUUGACCGAUUUUGGGAGCCUUUUGGGGAGAGUAAUUUCGCUCAAGUUGGCAGCAGCAACAUUUCUGUUUCUGGUUUUUGGAAUCUUCCACCUUCGAGAAUGUUUGAGACUCAGUUGGGAUCUGAUCAGUUGGAAUCCUUGGAGUUGAAAUGGCCUCCAAAAUCACUUCAGAAUUCAAAAUUCUACAUUGCUCUUUACUUCGCAAAUAACAAGGGAUCAUCAUUUGCGGGUUCAAGGAUUUUUAGCAUAAGUGUAAAUGGGAUAAUUUAUUACCAUGAUUUGAAUGUGACCUCAGAUGGUGUUGUUGUCUUUGCCAGACAGUGGCCUCUUUUUGGUCCUACGACAAUAACAGUGACCCCUACUGCUAGUUCUUCCUUGGGUCCUAUGAUCAAUGGUGGUGAAAUUUUUGAUGUGGUGCCAUUAGGCGGAAGAACUUUGACACGAGAUGUUAUUGCUUUGAACCAGCUGAAAGGUAGUUUCCAGAACCCUCCACUUGAUUGGAUUGGUGAUCCUUGUAUGCCUCACCAGUACUCAUGGACUGGCAUCACUUGCUCUGAAGGCCAUCGGAUUCGUGUAGUGACUUUAAAUUUGACAGGUUUGGGUCUUUCAGGAUCUUUGUCGCCUAACAUUGUCAAUAUGACCGCCUUGACUAACAUCUGGCUUGGGAAUAACAAAUUGUCAGGACAUAUUCCUGAUCUGAGUUCGCUGAAGUUCUUAGAAACAUUGCACUUGGAAGACAAUCAAUUCAGUGGAGAGAUUCCCUUGUCCCUAGGGAACAUCAGCAGCUUGCAUGAAGUGUUUUUACAAAACAACAAUUUGACUGGUCAAGUUCCAAGAAACCUCAUGGGAAAACCUGGACUCGACCUCCGGACUUCUGGAAAUAGAUUCUCGUCACCUUCAGCACCCUGAGCAACCUUUUUACGAGAAAAUUUUGAUUCUAGUGUUCAUUUGUAUACAAAUCCUUUCUCCCCCUGAUAAUCCGUUAUAAUUCUAUAGUUUUCUGAGUUCUCUCUUUUUUCGACGUUCAAGUGAGUAGUGAAAGUCUCAGGCGAACAAG